AGCGUUUUUUUUCUCAAGCACAGAGUCCACCUCGGUGGAGUGCCUCACCACGUAGGUGUCCAUCGCUUUAGGUUUUUAAAGAAUGUCUCAACUGGCAACAAGACCAGCUUACGAGUCGUUGGAGCCUUUGAGGAUCAGCGCCGCGGCGCUCCUCGAGCUGCUCAGCGACAGCGACGGUGAGGAGGACAGUGAAAGCGCCUGGGCCCUCCAACAGGAAUGGCUUGAGGAACGGCGCUCGCAGGAGGCGUCCCAGGCGACGGAGCUUCGGAGAGAAGAGAGGUCGUCUGUGGGGUCUCGACCGCACCGCGAGUCCCCGUCGCGGACGCCGCAACUUCUGUCGGCGGUGUCGCGCCUCACGCGCCCGGCGGUACCGGUGCCACCUUUGUCUUUGCUUUCAGGGCUCUGGGUAGACAGUAUGGACAACUUCCUGACCGUUGAUCUUCUUGCAAGACAAGUCCAUUUGCAUGGCCCACAUGGUGCCAAGCAGCUACAGCUCUCCAACGACCGCUGGGGCAGGUUGUGGUGCGGGAACUACGUCUUGCAGGAAGUGGGCUACGAUGAGACCGCUUCGAAGGCGUUCACCAGCUCUUUGCCGCCGACCUGUUUGGCUUGGCGCACGACCAAGUGGCAGAUCUCCAUUUGGCAACGAGUGGAGGAUACACAGCCUGACAGGUGAGCGAGCAGGUGAGCAUGCGACUUUUGAACACGUGGGGAGGUGGUGGGGAGGUUUGUCCGAAGUUAAAACCAUCAAUUUGUGUGUUCGAUUAUCAGAGGAUUUCUGACAAAAUCAGAGGUGCCAAGGGGGGGAGGACCAG